UAUUUUUUUUUUUUUUUCCAGUAAGAGAGACACAUAAUUUCCCCCUCUUUUUUCUGUGGCCCUUUGUUUGGAAAUUGUGUUUGGUUCGUGUUCGUCUUUUCACCACCAUGCGUGUGAAAUUCACUGUUUGAAUCAUUUUCAUCUCAGCUUUCUGAGAAUCUGAAACUGUAUUUAUGCUCUCAUCGUGACGCCAACACACACACACAUAUAUAUCCAUAUCCACACUCUGAUAUAUCUUUUUAGCUCGAGCUUUUUUCUUUUCUGCUGGAUCUCCUUCUCUUUCUUGUUCACCCAUAACCGAAAUUUUCUCCAGACUUGCAUCAACUUAUUUUCCAUUAAUUAUAGUGUCUGAAUUCUGCAUAAGCAAUUGAUUCUGAGCUACCGAUUGGAGGAAGAAGGAAGAAGCUUUGGUAGAUAAAGGAAGGAAGCACUUAAUCGAGUUGAUUUUUUAUUGAAGUUAGGUUUUUUUGUCCAAAAGAAGAGGAAUGGAUCUUGAGAGGCUGCAGGCGGAUCUGAUUUCCAUUAAUAUCUGAAAUCGCCAAUUUUAAGAAGAAAAUAUAAAAUCUGUAGAUUGGCCGGAUGGAAUUGCCUCAAUCCAGAACCCAAGAUAGAAAGGCAAUCCAUGAUUUUCUCACACUGUACUCAUCACCAGCAAAAGCCCAUGUCCAGCAAGAUCCAACGCAUUCCCAAGUAUUUUACGGUAUUGGUAAGACAGAAAAAGAAAGCAUUUUAUGGUGUUUGUUUGGCAUCGGAUGUGGGGAAGGGAAAAGGGCCACGACCCACGAGUGGCGCAUUGACUACCUUAAGACACAUGACUUCCUAAAACCACUAGAAAGAGUUGAAAAGAAGGGGCAUUCAACAAACAACAAAGCUGCAGCAGAGAGGAGUGAUGGUGAAAGGCCACAAGCCGAAGAAGUUUCUUAUUUCAACCAAAGGCUUUUAGAAGCAGAGGGGGGCAUAUAUUCUACACAGGCUGCUGCCUCAAACUACACUUCUCACAUGGGGAAGAGUGGUUUCACAUUGUGGAAUGAAUCUUCGGGAAAGACAGGGAAGGAGAAUAUUGCUUCACACACACAUAUUAUGCAAGAUGCUGAUGUGAAUGUGGAGGGUGGACAAUGGACUUCGUUGUUGGAAAACCCAUCGCAAUCAUCUUCGAGUUACAAACAUAACACCACAACUUUCACCUCUUUUUCGUCAUCUCAGCCAUCGACCUCCCAGAAGAACCAAUGUUUCAUGGAGAUGAUAACAUCGGCAAAGAAAAACCAUGAAGAAGAAGAAGAAGAAGAUGAUGAUGAUGUAGGAGAUGAGUUUGUCAUCAAGAAAGAGGCCUCACCGCACCCUAAAGGUCUGUUGCUUCUGCUGAAGAUGAGAGAGAUUAUUCCUAACAGUGAUCAGAAGAGAGACAAGGCAUCAUUUUUACUGGAGGUAAACAGAUAUGAAAGUUCCUACUGCAAUGGCUGGAACCAUGAGCCGUCCAAGAUGAUGCAUUUGAAUAUGCUCUUCACUGUCAUUCAUUUGUGGUUGCAACAGAACAACAGUCACAUAGCCAAAGGUGUUUUAGACCAAACAGAAAGUGGAAACACAGAUUCUUCUGGUGCAGCUGCAGUGUUUGGUAGGAAGUUGGGUGGGGACAGAGCUUGCAGACCCACAAGUCUCCCCAUUAACGGACGAAACUUAGUGAACUCAGAUAGAGUCUUAACUAGUAAGGCAGCACAGGCAAACAUUUUCACUUUUGCUAAAACUAGCAUGGCAGUAGCCUCUCCAAUUUCACCUACGCCCCAGCUAUCUGAUACAGAUAGAACUAUGACGUGGACUACUGCUUUCCACAAGACGAAAGAUGAGGAACUGGCAGUUGAAAAAGGCACCAUCAAAAUCUCGAGCAUGUACUCACAAGGGUUGUUGAAUACUCUUGCACAAGCCCUACAAACGUCUGGGGUAGAUAUUUCUCAGGCCAGCAUCUCUGUGCAAAUUGAAUUGGGGAAAAGAGCGAAUUGCAUCCAACAAGCUUCGACCCCUGACAAGGAUGAUAAUGUACCAGCAAGUGCAGGGGUUAACUUCCUCCUCGAGCGUUGGGAUGGCACAGAUUCCUUAGAUAGAAAAUGUUAUCUUCACAGGGCACUAUUGGGAUCUUGA